UCCCCACUUCAAAGCACCCCCGAAACUCAGCACAAGCAGCAGUUUCCCACUCACACCGCCAUCAUUAUUAUUAUUGGCUGCUACAGCUGUGCUACCAUUACUACAUGUCUAGCCACUCACAAACGCUCUAUCCCAAGGGCCGAGAGGUUGGCAGCACCGAGCACAACUGGUGCCGUGCGGUGCUCGGUGGCACUGGCAUAGCCGUCUUGGCCGUACUUACAUCCAAACACCCGGAUGUUCCACGUCUCCGAACUGCUCUUCACAAGCUACAAAAUUCCCAUCCAAUUCUUAGGUCUAGGCUUCAUUACGAUCCUAAUGCAAGUACUUUCUCCUUUGUUACGUCUUCUUCUCCUUUCGUUCAAGUCAAGUCCUUUAACCAUUCUACAACGUGUAGCAUCCUUGAAAAUCUUUAUAACCAAGAAAACCAAAACAUCUCACCCCUGCAAUUGAUUCUUGAACAUGAACUUAACCAAAAUGCUUGGACAAGUGCUUGUCAUCAUCCUAAUAACCCUUCGUUUAGCACCAAAAAUGAUAUGUUCUUUGCUAGUAUUUACGCUUUGCCUGGUGCAAGGUGGGUGUUGGUGCUCCGCCUACAUGCCUCCGCAUGUGACCGGACCACGGCAGUGUCGUUGCUGCGAGAACUGUUGACGUUAAUGGGCACUGAAGAAGAGGAGACAGGGACGCAGGGUCAAAAGGAAAUGAUGAACAAAGGAGAGGUAAGCUUGGCGAUUGAAGACCUUAUUCCCAAGGGGAAGGCUAAGAAGGCUCUUUGGGCACGCGGAGUGGACAUGCUAGGCUACUCUGUUAAUUCUUUAAGGCUGUCAAAUUUGAAGUUCAAAGAUGCAAAAUCUCCCAGAUCCAGUCAAAUGGUGAGGUUGCUGAUCAGCCCUGAUGAAACUGAGAGGAUCUUGGCUGGUUGCAAGGCAAGAGGGAUAAAGUUGUGUGGGGCGUUAGGAGCUGCAGGGCUGAUUGCUGCCCACACUUCUAACUGCCGUUCAGAUCAUCAAAGGAAGAAGUAUGGGAUUGUAACUCUCACCGAUUGCCGCUCAAUUCUUGAACCUCCUCUCUCCAAUCACCAUUUUGGAUUUUAUCACUCAGCUAUCCUAAACACACAUGUCAUUAAAGGGGCAGAGAAGCUUUGGGAGCUAGCCAAGAAAAUGUACACAGCAUUUACAAACUAUAAGAGCUGCAACAGGCAUUUUUCAGACAUGGCAGACCUGAAUUUCUUGAUGUGCAGGGCCAUGGAGAACCCUGGCUUGACCUCAUCAUCAGCCUUGCGCACAUCUUUGAUAUCGGUGUUUGAGGACACCGUGGUUGACGCGUCUAACGACCAGCAAACACAAGUUGGCCUAGAGGACUACAUGGGCUGCGCUUCUGCUCAUGGCAUCGCCCCGUCCAUCGCGAUUUUCGACACUAUACGUGACGGGCGGCUGGAUUGUGUGUGCAUUUAUCCUUCGCCAUUGCAUUCAAGGGAGCAAAUGCAGGAGCUGGUUGAUAAUAUGAAGUGCAUUCUUGUGGAUGCAGGAAAAAAUGCUAAUGCUCACGAGAGCUAGAACCUCCGGUCAGCCGGCCUUUGAGCUACAGCUAGCAUAAGGCUUACUAUUCCAACUAAAUGUUGGUAUGGCCUAAUCUCUGGGGAUAUCUCCCACUUGCUUACUCUACUUAAAAGAAUUUAGAUCAGUUACAAUUAACUAAUUGUUGCUGAAGAUCGGAUAUGAUUAAGUUUAUGGUUUUAAUUAGCCAAAAAACAAAAAAAAAAAUGAAAGAACUAUAUUGAAAUUUUAAGAAAUAUCAUAUAUGCUCUACACUAGCA